GAGCCACAAUCACUCCCCAAAUGUGAGCGUUGUGUUGCAUUUGUGUUCACAGGGGUAAAAGAUCAGAGACAGAAGCAGGAAAUACUAGCACAAGAAACAAAAGGUUCCAAUUCCUUCGAAUGAAAACCUGAAGGCAAAAAAAACACCCAACAUUUGAAAUCUUACUCGAGUACUUGCAGAUCUAAAACCAUGUAGUGGCUUUCUUGCAUAAACAGGAAAAGCAUGGUUUCAUGUUGGUAUAUCUAGAGGUAGCAAGAAAACCCUGAGCAGAUUCAGACUUUGCAGCAAAGAUGAAGAACUUCCUGCCAAAGUUCGCUCUCAAUAAAGUCAGCAUCUACGUCGCAGUGAUUGUGAUUUUUAUUCACAAUGUUGUGCUUGACAAAGAUUUGGAGUGCUCGUGCAAACGACAAGCUCUUCACUGCAAUUUCUACAUGAUUAUGCCAUCGUGUAUUAUAUUUGUUUUACAACUCUGGAUGGACCAAACAUUUCUGAAAGCCUUGAAGUAUAUGUGUGUCUAUACAAAUGACUACAUGAAAGAACAUUGCAAACUGUUCUGCAAUUUAGUUUAUUACAUUGUCAAGGCCGUGUUGGUAGGUCUGCUGUGGGUUACCUCUGUGUUCAUUGAUGGAGACUGGUAUGUUUGCUGUCAGAAUGAUCAUUCUGAACAACAGGCUCAGUUAGCCUGCAAAAAUAAAAACAGCCUGACAGCUGAGGAAAAGGCGAUCAUCGCUGAACUGAAAAACCAUUCAAUGGUUAUCGGCAUGUCUCUGCUCUUUUGUACCCUGUUCCUGGCUGCCUUGAUAUCAUCAUUUGUACGGAUGACAUACAGAAAUAUUCUGUACUACGAAGUGAUUUUGGAUAAGGAGGAAAAUGUGCUGAAAGAGGUUUUGACAGAAAAAGCAAAAGAACAGUUGACUGACGCAGUUAAGUUGAAAAUGGGUGAACCCGAGUGGCAAAAAUGUUAUGAUGUUGCUAAAGAACUGAUUGGACAACCCACUGCACCUACAUUUCCAGAAGCAGCCGGAAACCAGCAGCUUCAUGAGUCCACCACUUUGUUCUGUUCAGUUCUGUUGGAUCGAUUGUGA